GGCGGUUAUUAUCUUUUUAGCAAAUUGUUGUGAUGAUGAUGUCGAUUGGACUCUUCUAUGUACCUUAUCCGUCUACCAUCUGCGACAUGACGACAAUUCCAACACCGCCCAAAGUGUACCCAGAAUCACCCCGGAGGACUGCCGACGGCGUGAGAAUCGUGUUGAUAGGGCGCCACAUCCGGACACCGGGAUUCCGCCAGGUCGCAUUCGAUGUUGCGCCGAACCACGGCCGUAGUUUUACCACUGGCUAGGACAACAUUGCCUGCUUUACUAUUUCCCAGACGUCUGCUAGCCACGGCAGCAAUGGCAUCUCAGACUCCCAUGGAGGAUGCUAUCCGGACCAAGGUCACAGAUGCUCUCAACCCUUCACGUCUAGAGAUUUUCAACGACUCACAUAAGCACGCACACCAUAAGCCCAUGCAAGGUAGCACAUCAGGCGAGACACACUUCCGCGUCGUCAUAACCUCCGAGGCCUUCAGGAGUAAAAUGCAGCCCGCACGUCAUCGCCUCAUCUAUGGUCUCCUGCGUGACGAGAUGGCGGCGGAGGGUGGCAUCCACGCCUUGCAGUUACGCACCAUGACGCCUGAGGAGGAAGAGCGUCAAAAUGCGAAAGCGGAAGCUGAGAAAGCAUAAUCACCACGCAAGAUUAGCGAGAGGAAGAAUGAAACAUUAGAGACGAUAUGACUGAUUCAACUCGCUUGGCUGUAUGAUGAAAUGCUGUAGAGUAUAUGUUGGAUACCACUAGAUAUCUAAUGAGACCAAUAUCGAUGCUCAGUUCAUUGCCAAUCCUGCGUUAAGCUUGACGCCAUUUGUAUAAAAUUCAACGAAGCAGAUAUAGGGGUCCAUCCAUGAAUUUCCUAUAGAGCACCUCAUAUAGUCUGCCAAGGCGGGGAAGCG